AAUCAAAUCAAAUUUUAUUUGUCACAUACACAUGGUUAGCAGAUGUUAAUGCGAGUGUAGUGAAAUGCUUCUGCUUCUAGUUCCGACAAUGCAGUAAUAACCAACGAGUAAUCUAGCUAACAAUUCCAAAACUACUACCUUAUACACACAAGUGUAAAGGGAUAAAGAAUUUGUGGUAUAUCUGAGAAAUGAACAACAGCCAUGUUGUGGAACUACUAUUAGCAAUCAACUCAUAGAAUGGCAAAGACAAUUCCACUUUUACACUUUGACUAUUUCUGUGACCAUAUUUACAGGGAAGGCCUCUAGACCUAAACCAAACUACAGUUCCCCUAUAUAUCCACAAGGGGGCAGUAGAGGUGUAUUUUUCAUAGAAACAAAGUCAUCUUUCACACAGAGAGAGAGAGGGUGUAUCUCAAUAGUCUAGUGGCUUUACUCUCCUUGUCUCUCUGCUUGCCUUUGUGCUCAUUUCAAAAUACAAGAUAGGAUAACACACAGAUAGCAAUGUGAAGGAUGGCUAAUGGGCAUUUGUCACGUCAUCUCAUGUUCUAUACAGAUGAAGGAAAGGAGACAGAAAAGGUUAGGAAGCCAAGCCAGACUAUUGAGAUGCAUCCCCUUACUGGACAAGCGUCUCCAUAGUUACUGAAACAGCAUGGGGAUUUUAAGGGUCACAUUCCGUAGUGAGUUGUUCUAAGUUCAGGGAAGUAAAGGCUUGUAAAUGACAUUUUUUGGUUGAAAAGGUCAGACACAGUUAAGCAAUGUUAAAUUCAAUGAACCUGGACUAGCCUAUCAAAUGCUAUAUGCUUAGGCUAGUCACUGUUGUGACCUCAAUACAAGUAUCUGGGUGGAAGGGCGAGCAUGUUCAUUUGAACCAGUGACCAAAGUUCCAGUGCUUAAAAGAACUCUUUGCACCAGACAGGAAUGUUACAGCGCGCGAAGAGAUUCCGACCAAGUCAGGAGCGCGCACACAAACACAUUGGGUCAACGUGUACCACCACCUCUAUGCCACACACACACACACACACAAUAACAACUAAUAUAACGUGUAUAUUUAAACACAGGGCAUGUGACCUUCUGUGUGACUCUUUAACGAUGUUCUGAUGAGUAUUUGUCCUGGGGAAUGCGAGGCGAGCUGGCAAACUCCUCCUGGCGCGAGGUCAGCAUUUACAUAGAGGAAUUCUGGAACAACGGUGGCUUUUAAACACGUUGAAGUGUUUGACUUAAGAUGUCGAAGUUGUACUUUUACAUGGUUAUGUGUUGUUUUAGUAGCCUUCUGAGAAAUGGCUCUAGGUAUUGUCUAGCGCUCGCCAACAGGCUGCCAAGUGACGACUGCAUUGAAAAAUAGAAGGGUUACAUUUUGGCUCCAGUCAAUGCGGAUGUUAUUGCAUCUGUGACGGAUGACACGAACAGCUCUCGGUCAAAAGCAACGUCAGAGAGUUCGGGAAACAAUAACAGUAGAAUAGAAACUUUGUAACCAGUUUCAAAUUGUUUCAUCUAACCAUUCGUUACCACGGAUACGAUGUAUCGCCGCUUGACUCCGUUGAAAAAGAAAGUUUCUUCACUGGAGAAUGUUGGGAAUUGUUUCCCUUAAAGCGACAGAGUACUUGUACACUGUGUCUGGUUGGGUAGCUGACUACUUGAGGGUGUACUGUCUCUUUAAGAAAAACGGGCAUCCUCUCUGUUAGCGUAGAUUAGACAAACCGGUGACUUUUUCAGUUUUGACGUUUGCAAAAACAACCUGCAGAAAAUAAAUUGUCGAGCGGCGACCUUUGAGUCUGGCUAGUUAGAGCCCUAGGAGGCAGUUCCUCAGCCCGGGGUGGCAAUUGGCUGCGCGUGCACUCACUGCGACUCCCCUCUUGUCUCUCGCUCGAUCCAUUUCCUAUCACGCGUUCUGUAAAAUUGCCUACACACACACGCACGAUGUGGUUUGCGUGUGUAUGCGUGCACCGGAACCCAAAGUCCGUCGGUGGCGUCUGCAAAUUUGAAGAUUAACGAGGUUAUCCUCCAUUCGACCCGCGGAGAGAGAGAGAGCGGACCAGAAAGCACAGACUGCUGCGCCGACCUGCUUGCGUGUCGAGGCGGAAAGGGAGCUUGGCUCUGGCCAGCUGCGUUGUUGGACUGGAUCGAAUUGGACUCAGCGAAGAGCAGUAGGACUAUAUAAAGACAGGAGGGGAAAUAUGAGCGAUAAACGGAUGUCGCGGUGGUAUUUUGGGGGGCUCGCCUCCUGUGGGGCUGCCUGCUGCACCCAUCCUCUGGACCUCAUCAAAGUCCACCUGCAGACCCAGCAGAAGGGGAAGAUGGGGAUGGUGAGCAUGGCCAUGCAGGUAGUGAAGAACGAUGGAGCUCUGGCUCUGUACAACGGACUCAGCGCAUCACUCUGCAGACAGAUGUCCUAUUCUCUAACGAGGUUUGCUAUCUAUGAGACAGUCAGAGACAUGUUGAGCAGCAGUAACCAGGGGCCCAUGCCUUUCUACCAGAAGGUGCUGCUGGGGGCCUUUGGAGGUUUUACCGGCGGGUUCAUUGGUACUCCUGCAGACAUGGUGAACGUCAGGAUGCAGAAUGAUGUUAAACUUCCCCCAGAGCUGAGGAGAAACUACAAACAUGCUGUGGACGGUCUCUUCAGGGUCUUCAGAGAAGAGGGGGUGAGGAAGUUGUUCUCAGGAGCCACCAUGGCCUCCAGCAGAGGAGCUCUGGUCACCGUAGGACAGUUGGCAUGUUAUGACCAGGCUAAACAGCUGGUGCUGUCUUCAGGCUUCAUGGGAGAUAACAUCCUCACACACUUCCUGUCCAGCUUCAUUGCUGGAGGCUGUGCUACGUUCCUGUGUCAGCCUCUAGAUGUGAUGAAGACCAGGUUGAUGAACUCUAAAGGAGAAUACUCAGGUGUGAUACACUGUCUGAGAGUGACGGCUAAAGAAGGACCCAUGGCCUUCUACAAGGGUCUUGUUCCUGCAGGGAUCCGUCUGAUUCCUCACACGGUGCUCACCUUCAUCUUCCUAGAGCAGCUCAAGAACAACUUCGGCAUCGUCAUCAUCUCCUGAGCACGCUCCAUGACCUACGACCUUUACCCUCUAACCCCCUGUCCCCUGCAAACGUCAACCAAUCCCCUGUCACUGCCACAGUGCCACCCCCCCCCCCCCCCCCCCCCCCCCCCCCCCCCCCAUGGCCCUGAGCUGUCCAAUCACACAGAGAGGUGGAUGUAGGGAUGGAAUGUCUGCUAUGCUAUCCUACCCGGCCCUCUUUAACCUGCUCUGGAAAUCAACCAAUCCCCUGUCACUGCCACGGUGCCACACCCCCCCCAUGGCCCUGAGCUGUCCAAUCACACAGAGAGGUGGUUGUAGGGAUGGAAUGUCUGCUAUGCUAUCCUACCCGGCCCUCUUUCACCUGCUCUGGAAAUCAACCAAUCACCCGGGGAAAAGACUAAGAAGGAACUGCCUACACCUGCACCUGCACCAUCACCUUGUCCACAGGAAGAGUUGUCAUAGCAACACCAGUCAAACCCUGCUGUGACAUCAUCUUCAUGUCUGUCAUCAUCAAUCGUGCCAUUCUCAAUGGGGGCUGCGCCUCAAAUCAUACACUAUUCCCUAUGUAGUGCAUUACUUAUGACCCUUAAUCUGUAGUGCACUUAACAUGUAGCUCUGGUCAGAAGUAGUGCACUACGUAGGGAACAUAGUGCUACCUGAGUUCACUCCCUAAAUGGUGUUGAUGUGUUUAUACUGUAGCCUUCCACCACCAUCAUCAUGUAUCACCCAACCCUGUUCCAUACCACACCACACCAGUCCUCAUGUAUUACUAGUAUUACUAGCGGUAUACUAGUUAUAGUAGUAUGUAUUACUAGCGGUAUACUAGUUAUAGUAGUAUGUAUUACUAGCGGUAUACUAGUUAUAGUAGUAUGUAUUACUAGCGGUGUACUAGUUAUAGUAGUAUGUAUUACUAGCUGUAGUAUUAUGUAUUACUAGCGGUAUACUAGUUAUAGUAGUAUGUAUUACUAGCGGUGUACUAGUAAUAGUAGUAUGUAUUACUAGCGGUGUACUAGCUGUAGUAGUAUGUAUUACUAGCGGUGUACCAGCUGUAGUAGUAUGUAUUACUAGCAGUGUACCAGCUGUAGUAGUAUGUAUUACUAACAGUGUACCAGCUGUAGUAGUAUGUAUUACUAACAGUGUACCAGCUGUAGUAGUAUGUAUUACAAGCAGUGUACUAGUUAUAGUAGUAUGUAUUACUAGCGGUAUACUAGUUAUAGUAGUAUGUAUUACUAGCGGUGUACUAGUUAUAGUAGUAUGUAUUACUAGCUGUAGUAUUAUGUAUUACUAGCGGUGUACUAGCUGUAGUAGUAUGUAUUACUAGCGGUGUACUAGUUAUAGUAGUAUGUAUUACUAGCGGUGUACUAGCUGUAGUAGUAUGUAUUACUAGCGGUGUACCAGCUGUAGUAGUAUGUAUUACUAGCAGUGUACCAGCUGUAGUAGUAUGUAUUACUAACAGUGUACCAGCUGUAGUAGUAUGUAUUACUAACAGUGUACCAGCUGUAGUAGUAUGUAUUACAAGCAGUGUACUAGUUAUAGUAGUAUGUAUUACUAGCGGUGUAUAGUAGUAUGUAUUACUAGCAGUGUACCAGCUGUAGCAGUAUGUAUUACUAGCAGUUAACUAGUUGUAGUAGUAUGUAUUACUAGCUGUAGUAGUAUGUAUUACUAGCGGCAGUAGUAUGUAUUACUAGCGGCAGUAGUAUGUAUUACUAGUAGUAUGUAGUAGCUGUAGUAGUAUGUAUUACUAGCGGCAGUAGUAUGUAUUACUAGCGGUAGUAGUAUGUAUUACUAGUAGUAUGUAGUAGCUGUAGUAGUAUGUAUUACUAGCGGCAGUAGUAUGUAUUACUAGCUGUAGUAGUAUGUAUUACUAGCGGCAGUAGUAUGUAUUACUAGCGGCAGUAGUAUGUAUUACUAGCGGCAGUAGUAUGUAUUACUAGCGGCAGUAGUAUGUAUUACUAGUAGUAUGUAGUAGCUGUAGUAGUAUGUAUUACUAGCAGUGUAGUAGUAUGUAUUACUAGCAGUGUAGUAGUAUGUAGUAGCUGUAGUAGUAUGUAUUACUAGCGGUAGUAGUAUGUAUUACUAGUAGUAUGUAGUAGCUGUAGUAGUAUGUAUUACUAGCGGCAGUAGUAUGUAUUACUAGCUGUAGGAGUAUGUAUUACUAGCGGCAGUAGUAUGUAUGUAUUACUAGUAGUAUGUAGUAGCUGUAGUAGUAUGUAUUACUAGCAGUGUAGUAGUAUGUAUUACUAGUAGUAUGUAGUAGCUGUAGUAGUAUGUAUUACUAUAAUGUAUUACAGGUAUGACUGUAAAUCACUACCACAUUGUGGUUCUAACUGAAACCAUCUCAGAGACUGUCACAUCGGGGGGUGACGGUGACAACGGGCCCUCUUCCUGUUCAUAACACUGUAACAGCGGCAGGGAGCCUCGCGGUUAAGAGCGUCGGGCCAUUAACCCGAAAGGUUGCCGUGUCGAAUCCCCGAGCUGACUAGGUAACACAUCUGUUGUUGUGCCCUCGAGAAGGGAAGACACUUCACCCUAAUGGCUCUGGAUAAGAGAGCGUAAAUGACUCAAAUGGUCAUGUACUGUGACAGGUCAGUGCUAUUCCUGUUCAUAGGUGAUGCUUAUUACUGUGAUAGGUCAGUGCUAUUCCUGUUCAUAGGUGAUGCUUAUUACUGUGACAGGUCAGUGCUAUUCCUGUUCAUAGGUGAUGCUUAUUACUGUGAUAGGUCAGUGCUAUUCCUGUUCAUAGGUGAUGCUUAUUACUGUGACAGGUCAGUGCUAUUCCUGUUCAUAGGUGAUGCUUAUUACUAUAACGGGAGAUCAGUGCUAUAACUAGAAUCUUAUGAAUCUCACGUCAUCAUCUCAGAGACAUUUGUGAGUGGCAUUGGGUGACAUAGGGUCCUAUUCCUGCCUAUAAGGGAUGCUGCAUAACAGGUUAUAAUGCCAUAACAACAUGGCUAUAAAGCCAUCACAUGCUUACAGACAAAGGUACUAAAGUUGCCCCGAGGCACUGAUUCUGGGUCAGACAUUAGUUGCAUCCCCCUACCAGUUAAAGUUAUUGUUGGGGCUAGGUGAUCUGAUCCUAGAUCUGUGGUUAGGGACAACAGUAGAAAUUCCCACCAAGGGCAAUGUGACGAGGAGAUAUAACUGGACAGAGAUGAGAGACGUAUAGUGAGUAGGUUGUACCCUGCCUUUGACCAGGCCCCAUAGGGCCCUAUAGGAGAUCAAUCAGAGAUACUGUGAGUUAGAGAGAGAUACUGUUUACUGGGACCUGGAUGAACCUGCUGUCUUUAAGGCACUUUAUCAAACACACACACACACACACACACACAGGUGCACUCACACACACACACACACACACACAGUGCACUCACACACACACACACACACACACACACACACA